AUGGAGGCUCCGCCGGCGAAGAGCAAGCCCAGCGGGGCCGAAGACGACGACGACGCUCCGGCAGCGAAGAGCAAGUCUAGCGCGGCCGAGGAAGACGGAGAUGACGACGCCUGGUCCGACGACAGUGAUGAAGACGGGGGCGCUGGCAAGGCCAAGGCCAAGGCCAAGGCAAAGGACUCCAGUAAGGCCAAGGUCGAGGACGACGAUCUCGAGGACGAGGACGAUGACGACCUGGAGGACGACGAUGUCGACGACGUCGAGGAGGGCUCCCUGGAGCCGGCCCAGGACCCAGAGUACGCUCACUGCAGCGACUCGGGUCACGACUGCAGCAAGACCCAGUGCUGCAGCCAGCCUGGGGAGCAGUGCUGGACCAAGAACUCCACUUGGGCCAUCUGCCGCUCUGGCUGCAUGAAGGGCCGCCACGUAACCGAGGAGGACGGCAAGCCUUGGUCAUGCGAGAAGUUGGGCGAUCGCACGCCAGGAAAGGCGCCCAAGUGCAGCGCGAUCGGCGAGAAUUGCAUCAAUUCGCACUGCUGCCGCGACAUCGGCUUCCAGUGCUACGAGAAGAACGCCGGCUACGCUACCUGCAAGGACAGCUGCAGCGAGGCGCUUGACCCGUCGGACAAGGACAGCGACCCGUGGACCUGCAAGGAGCUCGGCACCAAGAAGCCAGGCCGCGCCGCGUGGACCGAGGACGACUGCUCCGCGGACUGGACGGACUGCAGCAAGACCAAGUGCUGCAAGGUCGCGGGCUCGACCUGCUUCCAGCGCGACGACAUGUGGGCAUCGUGCCAGGACGCGUGCACCGACAAGAGCUGGACGUGCAAGCGACUGGGUCCGCCGAUGCCCAUCCCCGAGGCGGACUCGCUCGAGCGCCUGCUCCCGAAGCUCAAGGCCGCCCCGUGGGUCAAGUCGGAGUGCGCCGCCUUCGGCAGCAACUGCAUGGACGAGAAGUGCUGCAUGGACGCCGGGGCCAAGUGCUACAAGAAGAAUAGCAAGUACGCCACGUGCAAGUCGACGUGCGUCAAGGGCCCAGACCCCGCCGACAACGACGGCAGCGAGCCCUGGUCCUGCGAAGAGGUCGGCCCACGCACCCCGGGCAAGCCAGAGGUUCACGUGCUGCAGGGCGGCAGCAAGGCUGUCUGGGUGGAUGACGAGUGCGCCGACACCGGCGCGGACUGCAGCGACAGCCGGUGCUGCAAGGAGGAGGGGUUCCAGUGCUUGGAGGACGGCAAGACCAAGAAGGCCACGUGCCGGUGGGGCAGUUACGGCGGCAAGGCGUUGGGCGGCGCCACCCCGAGGCAGUGGGACACCGCCGUGACCUUCUUCUGCUUCGCAGUCGUGACCAAGGAUACCUACGAG